CGGCUCAAAGGGGCUGACUAGGGGAUAUGACACAUCAGGACAGUCAAAUUUGGUCGUGGGCUAAUCCUAUGCCCCCAUCAUCCUAGCUAGUGACAACGUGAAUGCUACACAUCAUGGAAGAGGGAUCUAUCGCACAAGAAAGAAACGAGCAGGCUCAAAUCUCACAUGGCUACCUAUAUGCUCUAUCUCACAUUCUGAUACCCUGAACUAGAUGCAUAAGAGACUGUCAAGAACAAGUAAUCAAUUCAAGUCACAGUUGGUAAGCAAACAGUUGGAAAACUGAACCCCUACACAACUCUACUGCACAUCUUAGUCCUCAUCAUAGGUUGUCCUAGUCACAAUCAAGCUGUCAUGCAUCAAUCCGAAAACCAUUCAAUUCAUCACUCAAAACACAGUGCCAAUAUGAUCAAACAGCAGUACUUGGAGCCCUCAAAUCUCGAGAUUUGGACAGUGGACUAGGCUCCAAGCACACAAACAGCCAAACAUUCACCCGCAUACAUAAUCGAACACCCGGCGCCAAAAACUUGAUGCUCUAAAACACAACACCUAACAAUGGCCAAGUGUAACCAAUGAAAGGGACUGCAGUAUAGUGGUACAAGUAAUAAAUAUCGAAUCCACGGGUCUCUAGAGUUACUAUUACUCAGCUUCAGUUCAUUAUCUAGCAAACUAGAUUAAGGAUUGAUUAACUAAACUACUCUACUAACUAAACUAAGUAAAACUACUAAUUACAGUUUGGGAACUCACUUAGGUAUGAUUCCCCCUAGCUCCUCAAUUAGGUCCAAGUUGUAAUUCAUUUUGGUUGAUUUACUGUUGAUUAAACUGCGGAAGAUCCGACAGUAGCUUGGAAUCUCUUAAGCUGACCAAGCCCUCUCAGUCUAACUAUCCGGCAGACGACUAGUCUUCACCGGGAUAAAAAGCUGAAGCAAUAAGCACAGAACUCCACUACUGGAAUUGGAUUCCAGUACAAAGCAGUAAACUGGCUAACUCUUGUAUAGCCAAUCUCCUACUACCGAAUGAUGAGACUCUAGCAACCUAAUCAGAUUCUAUCUAUCUCAGAUUGCAGCAGGAAUCAGGAAAAGUUGAUCAGACUUCAAUUGACUCAAUAAACAUGCAUCAUUCGAUUAUAAUCAAACAAUAUAGCAUCCAAAACUUCAUACAAGAAAGAUCCUAACUCAUGGAACUAAGGUUCCUCAAAACCUAAGUGAAGGGAAGUUACUCCAUAGAGAAGAGAGAGACUGCAGAAAUCUGAUCUAGAUCUUCAAUCUCCAUCUCCAAGCUUGAUUCCCGAGCUCCAAUGGCGAAGAAAUCCUCCAAAAUAGCUCCAAGAAUGUUCCCAAGUCGCUCUCUCUCUCUAGGGUUCGUCCCUUGGGUGUUUGGGAUCCAAAACCCAGCUCUCCUCUUCUUUGGUUCAGAAUUUGGCUUAAAACCAGGAAAUCCCGACUCGCACGGCCAGGGUGCACGGCCGUGCAUAUCACCAUUCUGGCCGUGCAACUCAAAACGCAGCGUGUCAUUUAGUCGAACUUCAGCCCUCUCGCACGGCCAGGGUGCACGACCGUGCGAGCUUCAGCGGUUGCCCGUGCGUGUCCUCGGCAUAAGGCGCACGGCCAUAUUGCUCACGUGCACGGCCGUGCAGCCUCCCUGGUCUGCCCGUGCAGCUCCCCAAAAACCUCGCCAUUCGUCCGUUCUUCGUCCAAUCGACCCCAGACUCGCUCCUAAGCCUUCAUUCACGUACUAGGACCUGAAACAUCACAAACAAGCACAACCUAGCGUGAAAUCGGCCUAAAACACGAGAAUCAACACCUCAAACGGUGUAAGAAUGGGGGUAAAAACAUGUGUAAAUGACGGUCUAUCAAACUCCCCCACACUUAACCGUUUGCUUGUCCCCAAGCAAACCAAGUCAGACACUAGGCAAGCUUACACAUUUCAAUCAACCAACAUUGGGGACAAGUCAUAAAGGCACAGAACACGUGAAUCGCACUGGUUUUCAAACAUCAAUACAUGCACAACCUCAAUAACAACCUGGACAACCACCACAAAGGACAUUCGAGUGCAGCAAAUCGAGUAAAGGAAGAGUCUCCCUUCUGUUCACUGGCCAACCUAGACUUGAUUCAACCACUUACUCAAAACAGUCAACUCAUGCAUCCAACUCAAGACAUCAGAAUAGAGACCGAGCAAUCUAGGUCCUCACCGGGGUACAAGAGCAUAUAGAAAAUGAAAAUGAAUCACUCACUCUCGACCAGUGGGGUCAGGACAAUUUGAUGCGAAAGAUGCGCAUGCUAUUUCUCUCAAUCCCUAUCAUCUCUUCACCAUGAUGGCAGCCUCUAAAUGCUAGAGUUCACAUAUGGGCUGUCACCACUAACUAAUCAGGAGGUCUUAGACACAGGUUCAAAUGACUGGCUAGGGUCUUGGACAUGGGGAAAAGGCAUUUUAGGUGGUGGAAGUAUUCAUAGCACAAGGUUCCACAUUUCCAAACCCAAACAAUCACAGUCAAACAAACAGGUAUUUCCUUUCUGCUAUUCUGCAUUACUCAAUAUCUCAAGAGCACAAGAGCGAAGGAGGUAUAAAUGUCAGUAUUUCCCAGCCAGACUGCUAAGAAACACUACUUACUGGG